UCGAAACGUUUGUUAGUUAACCUUUUUUUAGUUGUUCGGGAAAAAGUCAAGAAACUAGUCAAGAUACUAUACAUCAUCCAUCCACCUGGGCACUUAUCGCACUUGAGUGGGCAGCUAAAUUCAUGCAUCCAUCGCUGCAUUUAACCCACUUGAGUUACAGUAGUACCUAACAUAAUCAUUUCUGGAAAUUGCCAAGAUACUGGAUACUGGCGAGUUGGUAACUAAAUUCGAGUCCAUGUUCCCACAGAGCCCGCCCAUCGUCACGCGACGGAGCGCGCAGCAGGCGAAGAUACAGACGCGGGCAAUGGCCAAUAAAUCGAAGGCGGGGACGACGGUAACGGCGGCGGGAGUGAUCGGCGGUUCUGCCAUCACCGGCACCGGCAGCGCUAUCAGCAGCGGCAGCGGUAUCAGCAGCGGCACCGGCGAUUCGCGAAAAGCGAACAAACCGAGUGCAUCGCUCUUGGAGGCGAAACGUCGAGCGCGGAACAUGCUCAAGAACCAGAGCAACGCCAUGCAGGAGUCCGUCACGGAUAUAUUCCAGAAUGCUGUCAAUUGUAAGGGUCUGGUGCGAAAACCCACGGCUCUGAUCUACGAUGAGUCCAUGAUCCAGCACUGCUGCUUGUGGGACAAGGAGCACUACGAGUGUCCCAAACGUUUCACACGCGUCCUCGAGCGCUGCCGGGAACUGAAUCUCACGGAGCGCUGCAUGAAGCUGUCGUCGAGAUCGGCCACCAAGAAGGAGAUUCUGCGCCUGCACACGGAGGAGCACUUCGAACUCCUGAAGCAGACCGCCGGGAUUCGCGAUGAUGAGCGCAUGGAGGAGCUGAGCUCCCGCUACGAUUCAGUCUACAUACAUCCGUCCACUUUCGAGCUUUCCUUGCUGGCCACCGGCUCCACCAUUGAGCUGGUGGACCAACUGAUCGCUGGAAGGGCCCAGAAUGGCAUGGCCAUCAUCCGGCCACCGGGUCAUCAUGCGAUGAAGGCCGAGUUCAAUGGGUAUUGUUUCUUUAACAAUGUGGCAUUGGCCGCCCAGCAUGCCCUCGAUGUUUACAAGCUACAGCGCAUUCUGAUCAUCGACUAUGACGUCCAUCAUGGCCAGGGAACACAGCAGUUCUUCUACAACGAUCCCAGGGUGAUCUACUUCUCCAUCCACCGCUUCGAGCACGGCAGCUUCUGGCCGAACCUACAAGAGUCGGACUUCCAUGCGAUUGGAUCGGGUCCGGGCACGGGCUACAACUUCAACGUGCCCCUGAAUGCGACGGGAAUGACGAACGGCGAUUACCUGGCCAUUUUCCAGCAGCUGCUGCUGCCGGUGGCCCUGGAGUUUCAGCCGGAGCUGAUAGUGGUCUCCGCCGGCUACGAUGCGGCACUGGGAUGUCCCGAGGGCGAGAUGGAGGUGACACCGGCCUGCUAUCCGCAUCUGCUCAAUCCCCUGCUCCGGCUGGCCGACUGCCGCGUGGCCGUGGUCCUCGAGGGCGGCUACUGCCUGGAAUCGCUGGCCGAGGGUGCCGCCCUCACACUCCGCUCCCUGCUCGGCGAUCCCUGCCCCCCGCUGGUGGAGGCAGUGCCCCGGCCCCGGCCCGAUCUCGCCCAGGCGCUGCUCAGCUGCAUCGCCGUGCACCGACCCCACUGGCGUUGUCUGCAGCUCCAGAAGACCUACGAACCCGCCGAGCUGGUGCUGCUGGGGCGGGAGAAGCAGAAGGAUCUGCACCAGGUGCUGCACCAUUGGGUGGGCGGACCGCCGCCAACGGAUCGCUAUCCGACACGAGGCACGGCCAUUCCGCUGCCCGCGGAUACGGAGGCGCGCAACAGGGCCCGCCUGCAGGUGCUGCGCACGGAGACCAAGCUAUCGAUGCCAUCCGUACGCGUAUGCUAUGCCUACGAUGCCCAGAUGCUGUUGCACUGCAACCUCCACGAUACCGGGCAUCCGGAGCAGCCGUCGCGCAUCAAGCACAUCCACCGGAUGCACGACGAGUACGGCCUGCUGCCGCGAAUGAAGCAACUGGCGGCCAGGGCGGCCACCACGGACGAGGUGUGCCUGGCCCAUACGCGAGCACACGUGAACUCGGUGCGUCGCCUGCUGGAACGCGAUCCGGAGGAGCUGCACCAGGUGGCCGGCGGCUACAAUUCGGUGUACCUGCAUCCGAGCACCUUCGAUUGUGCCACCCUGGCGGCCGGUGCUGUGCUCCAGGCGGUGGACAGUGUGCUGCGUGGUGAGUCGCGCAGCGGCAUCUGCAAUGUGCGGCCACCGGGACACCAUGCCGAGCAGGAUCAGCCGCACGGAUUCUGCAUAUUCAACAAUGUGGCCAUCGCAGCGCAGUACGCCAUCCGUGACUUUGGCCUGGAGCGUGUGCUCAUCGUGGACUGGGACGUGCACCAUGGCAACGGCACGCAGCACAUCUUCGAGGCGAAUCGCAAGGUGCUGUACAUCAGUCUGCAUCGCUACGAGCACGGCUCCUUCUUUCCCAAGGGACCCGACGGCGACUACGAUGUGGUGGGCAAGGGAUCCGGCCGUGGCUUCAACGUGAACAUACCCUGGAACAAGAAGGGCAUGGGCGAUCUGGAGUAUGCGUUGGCCUUCCAGCAACUGAUCAUGCCCAUUGCGUACGAGUUCAAUCCGCAGCUGGUGCUGGUCUCGGCCGGAUUCGAUGCGGCCAUCGGUGAUCCGCUGGGCGGCUGCAAGGUGACGCCCGAGGGCUACGGCAUGCUCACCCACUGGCUGUCGGCGCUGGCCGGCGGACGUAUCGUCGUCUGCCUGGAGGGUGGCUACAAUGUGAACUCCAUAUCGUAUGCCAUGACGAUGUGCACCAAGACGCUGCUGGGUGAUCCGAUGCCGACGCCCCAAUUGGGCGCCACCGCCGGCCAGAAACCGCCAACGGUGGCCUAUCAGAGCUGUGUGGAAUCGCUGCAGUCGUGCCUGCGCAUACAGCGCAAACACUGGCGAUCGCUGGAGUUCGUCGGACGGCGACUGCCGCGCGAUCCCGCCGUUGGCGAGAACAACAACGAGGAUUUUCUUACCGCCUCCUUGCGGCAGUUGGAUAUCGCAAAUGACGACGCUCCGGGGGCGUCGGGCGAACUCGCCGACGAUCAGACCGCUUGCGGCGGGGAGCGGCCCAGCGGCAGCAAGCCCAAAGUCAAGGUAAAAACGCUCACCGAGUAUAUGGCGGAGCAUAAGGAGGCCCUCGAGCAGAACGAGAUGUACGCCGUGUAUCCGCUCAAGACGUGCCCCCAUUUGAGGCUGCUGCGACCGGAGGAGGCGCCGCAAUCAAUAAACAGCUCGGACGCGUGCAGCGUGUGCCGAACGAAGGUGGAGAACUGGGUGUGUCUGAGCUGCCAGACGGUGGCCUGCGGACGGUUCAUGAACGAACACAUGGCGCUGCACUCCCUGGAGAUGCAGCAUCCGCUGGCGAUGAGCAUCGGCGACCUGUCCGUGUGGUGCUACGGCUGUUCCUCGUACGUGGACCAUCCCCGUCUGUACGCCUUCCUCAAUCCGCUGCAUGUGGCCAAGUUCCAGGAGCCGAUGCUCUGGACGUAUGCCUGUGCGAAGCGCGACGACGGCUGCUAUCCACUGGGGCCAGAUGGGCGGGAGGAGGACGACGACGUCGCCGGCGGCAGCAGCAGCAGCAGCGGCGGCGGCGGCGGCGGCGGCGGCGGCGGCGGCAUCUGUCUCCAACUGGAGCACAACAACUGACCCUUGGCCAUACGCGUGCUAAAUUCCCUCACGGACUACAUGUGCACGCUCUGCCCGCCGCUCAGACACCUGAUCCAGUUCCUGGCCGAACACCUCUGGCCGCUGCUGGAACGCAUUUACCUUAACCUCUUACACUACUUCCUGGCCCACUGAGCCCCAAAGCCUAGAUCCUAGAACCUGCAUCCUGCAUCCCGAAUCCCGAAUCCCGCCUCCACAAUCCCAUUUGCCCGUAAACAAACAAACAAACAAGAAAGAAAAAAAAAAAACAUAUACAACAGGAAAUUAUUGUUAAUUCGGGAGCUGCCAGCCAGUCAGGUACUGGUGAUCCUGAUCCUGGCAUUUGGAACUGGACUCCCUCUCAAAUUUAUACAAAUGCAAAUUGUUAAUGUUAUCAACUAAUGAUCUAAUAAAAACUUCGAGUGUUUUUCGAG